UGACCAUAACUAGCAGACGAUUUAUUUUUUCACAUGUUUUUGUGCACGUCUUCUGCACAUUUGUGCAUAUUCACAUUGUGAGCUGCCUCAUGGGUGCAACUGCACAUAGAUUGAUUAUUGAACACAGGCGUAAUGGAUGUGUCUUACAGUGUGGCAGUUUUAGUUUAUGGAUUCAAGUUUAAACGAAAGCAGGUGUUGUACUAUACCAACGUGUCUUCUUUUCACUGCAUGAACUGACUCUUAAUUUAUUGCCAUGUGCAGAUCAAAAAAGUACAGCAGCCUACAUGUAGGCCUAGCAGUGUAGGCCUAGCAGUGUAACCCUGUACUAAUUUUUGUGGAAUACCUAAGAAUACUUUCUACAUAUAUGCAACUGUCGUCAACUAUCUCUAGGCUGACGUACCGGAUGUAUAUAUAGAGUGUAGUUCCAGACACAUGUUCAAGACUAUGCAUCUUCAUAGUGUUGUUGUAUAGUUCAAGAUAAAACUGACCUUGGAUAGUUCAUAAAUUGUUAGUAAAAAAUUUUGCAUAAUGUUUAGGAGCCCCAUUGUUUGAAUGUUUUAAAAAAUAUACAGUCUUCUGACUUGUCUAAAGCAGAUUGUGAUUGCUAUAGCAUGCAUAUAUGUGUGUAGUAUCGUCUGGCAGAGAGAAACCCUGUGGAGACAAUCACAGCUCUCUUCGGAGGCCCUUAAUAGCAUAGACCCAUUUUACAGUAUUCUUUAAUUCUGUGUUUUCAGGUAAGAAAUCCUGUUGACAUGUAAGUAAACAACUGGUUGGUGCAGCGUGACUGGAUAGAUAUAGAUUGUCGGGUGGCCCAGUAUCUAAUCAUUAUGGAGUUUCGCCAAUAAUAGACAUCAUACCAUUACAUGCAUACUUUAUGCAUUAUGAAUUAUUUGGAUUACUUCCAUUCUUCUACAGCGAAGUUACAUAUGAGAUGUACAAAACUUGGACUCUACACAAAACAAAUCAUAACUACUCUAACAACUGAUAGGACAACUCUCAUAAGUUUAAAACAGUCACAGUCUUUUAAAAACAUCCUCUUUUCAGUCCUAAUUCAUUAGUGUUAAGAGAUGAGACUUUCAACAGCAUUUAAACUCAAGUUUAGAAACCUAUACUUUGGAGAACCUGUAACAUUUUAUUUUGUUUUGUUUUAUUUAUAUGUAAAUAUGUUUACUUGAGGUUUAUAGAAUGUGUCAGCGUAAGUGGUUUAGUAUAAUCAUGUAAGGAUGCAUAGUAUAAAGUGGGAGACAAAUUAAUUUGUUUAAUUUCACCUUAUUUGAAUACAUAUUAAUGUAUUAAGGGAAAGAAUAUAUAUAUACAACUGUACAACUGUAUAGUACAGAUCCGUAAAAGUGAAAUUGUAAAUAGAAAAAAAAGUAACACCAAAACUUUCACAUUUUCAGUCACAUGUUUUUUUUAAGAGUCAUUUGCACGACCUAGAAAAGAUCCCAUGUGCACAACUUAAAAAAAGCCUUGAUAGCACAAGGCAAUUGACCAAUAGAAAUGCACCAUUAUGUUGUGCGCACUAGUUAACAAAGAUCUCAUGCACACAACUUAACAAAGAUCUUGUUCGCCAACAUAAUUGUGCAUUUCUAUUGGUCACUUAUCUCUUGAGCUUGACUCAUUCAGACACUUUGAAAGUUUUUUGUGUGUUUUUUCGUUGUAAUUUUCUUCCUAUUAAAUAUUUUGUAUAACCUUGUCAUUAAUACGGCUCUGUUGUAUAGUUACAGCUGUGUGUAGUAACUUUUUAUUGGACAUUAUGUUGCUGCUAUAGCAUUAUAGGAAAAGUCCUAAUAAGUCACAUUUCCUUUCUUUAAUCCACCCCCCAGCCAACCCCCCCCCCCCCCCUUUUUUUUUUAUUUACGCAUUCAUCACACCCCACCAUAACCCCCAUUCACAGAGGCUUUGUUAACCAGCUCUUUGCAUAUGUAUGAAAGGCUAACUAGCCCUCCAUAUGCUGUCUGUGUGGUCUCUUGUUAUUGGUAUGGUAGCUUUAUGGGUUACAGUCUGCAAGGCCGCCAUACCUUUUUGUAAUCAAUAAUUAAACUGCACCAUCUGCUGGCUUUAUUGAACUCUUGUAUAAACAGGUCUAACAGCUUCUCCUAGGCAGUACCUAGGUAGAUUCAAUCAAUACUUUAAGGUGCCAGGCACAUGCAGCUGGGUCUGACACACACAUGGGUGUUUCUGACAAUCCAUCAUAUUUUACCUUGACUGACUCAUAUGUUGUGUUCUUUAGGUUUUUAUCCCCUUCUAGAUUAUGGUAGUUCAUUAAACAGACCUGUGUUUUCCUGUACGUAGCUUUUGCUUAUUUUAAUGUAGGGUACCUAUUAGAUUGAUCAGCCUUAGACCUACAUAUAUGUGAUGGAGUGACUUGAAGGAGACACAUUGAAAGUUAUCUCACAAACUGAUCUAAGUUAAACUUGCUGUGAUGGGAGCUAUGCUGUAAUAGUGUCAUCAUGCCUGAUAAGCAUACUACAGAUGUAGUGCAAGUAGGACAGAAAAGAUGAUAUUCCACAAUACUGACAUCAGGUUGUGUUGGAUUGCCCUCCUCGUUAUCUUCAUUUGUCCACAACAGACAGAAACGCAGGGGCUUUCAGCCCUUCCAUCGAUGUGUCCUGAUGGAUCUGUGUUUUGUGGUGACCUUCACAAUUUUUUCAACUGUGUCUCCUCCAACCAGCUGUGUGACAACAUCCCGCACUGUCCCCAGGGCACAGAUGAGACUGACGCCACCUGUAGAAUUGGUGAUCCAUGUGUACCUGAACCAUGUCAAAAUGGGGGUAUUUGUUACGCAUUUGGCCCAAUCCCCAACAGAUCUGUGGCAUACUCUCUGUGUAGGUGUGUUAAUGGUUACACGGGAGACAGGUGUGAAAAAGCGACAGUCACACCUAAGCCCACUGACACCCAUAGUGGAACUUCAACACAUGCGACCACAACAGGUGAAACAUCCAGUACAAUGGUUGAAGGCACAGCUUCAAGCAUCAGCCUCUCUAGAACUAUUAUCUCCGAGCCAUCAGUUGUGACUACAUCAGACAUCCAUCCCUCAAGUACAUAUUCUGGUCCCGAGACAGUCCUGGCUACCAUGAGCCACAGCACUUACACUGAGUCAGGCUCUCUGUCAAGGACAUUUAUCACAGAGUCAUCAAUUGCAUUGCAGCCAACAAGAGCUUCAUCAACAUCUUUUAUGUCAACACCUUCCAGCUAUAGUGAUUCAAGAUUUCUCUCAAGAACAUCCAUUUUUGAGCCAUCCUUGUCAGACAUCGUUAGUCCAUCAGACACCUUGACACCAUCACUGUCUGUGACUGAGACUUUGUCUUCAGCAGAUUUGUCAAGAACUGUUGUAACGGAGCCUUCAUUACAACCGUCUGGAUCAGAUAUCCUGUCUUCAAGAAUGUCCAGCAGCUUCAUGAGUGCAACUACCAACUUUGUCAUUAGCACGGAUUCAGUUUCCAGAACAGUCAUUACUGAGUCUUCCAUUCUGCCUACCAACAGUUUUGUGAACAAUACUGCUUUUGCCACAUCUACACCAGGGGAGACAACUGCCAUCACAUCUUCAGCAUUGGUAUCAAGGGAGACAAUUCCUUCCACAACAUUUGUGCCAGAGGCUACAAAGGCUUUAAGCACUGUUUCUCCAACAUCAGCAUCGUUGUCCAGAGUAACAACUCCAACCAUCCUUCCAACACACAUAGUCUCAGAGCCCACCCGGACAUUUAGUAGUUUAAUAACUCCACAUUCAGAUUUGUCACUGUCAUUUACAGUUGUUCCUUCAGAGGCAACAAGUUCCCCAACAAGUCUGCCAUCAGAAUCAAAACUUGUGACAACUGAUGAAGUUCACACAACCACACAGACACCAGAUUCCACACUGACUGGUUCAUUAUCUUUUACUACUGAUCAAAAGCUGGACCAAAGCACUCUGCCAGAUGAACCAACAAUAACAUUGACUAUCUCACAUACGCAAGUUGAACCACCAACAAUUCACAGCAGUUUGUUAUCAAGAAGUCAUGAGAUCCUGACAAAUCAAACUACUGAAGAAAUUAGUGGCACAACAAUCAAACAGACAGAAACACAAAUAUCUUCUCUGCUCAGUGCAAUAACUUCAUUAACAUCUCUUGGUAUUGUUGAACCCACUCAGAGUAGCUCAGAGAUUUCAGUUGUACCGUCUACUACCAGCUCAUUGGAAACAGUUCCGGUCUCUCUUAACUCUUUUUCACUUGAACCCAGUGUCUCUAUUGUGUCUGUAAUAGUCGUGUCACCUGAGUUUUCUCCAGGUGGAGAAGAUCUUGUUACUACCUCUGGGAUUAAUCCAACAUCUAGCACCCAAGAAACCAUUAUUACAACAGUAGUUCCCCCUGUUGUCACCCCAUUACCACCAGUUGAUCUGUCCUUGUGCAAGCCCAGUCCGUGUGUAAAUGGAGCAUGCUUUCCUCUCAGAGGAGGCAGGUUCCACUGCUCAUGUCUACCAGGGUACAGUGGAGACCGUUGCCAGAGCAUCCAGAACAUAUGUCUCACAGAACCAUGCCUUAAUAAGGGAUCAUGUGUGAUACAGGCGCAGGGCAGUUUUUGUAUUUGCCAACAGGGAUACACAGGCCGCCAAUGUGAGCAGGACAUUGAUGAAUGCCAGUCCUCCCCAUGUCUGAACAAUGGCACAUGCCAGGAUCAUGUGGCAUCCUUCAGCUGCUUAUGUCCCAAGGGAUUUACAGGUUCCAGGUGUCAAUUGAAUGUAGAUGACUGUCAGAGAUCACUAUGCAUGUUUGGUGGACACUGUGAAGAUGGUGAUGACAGUUUUACCUGUGUUUGUCCAGACAAUAGGGCAGGCCAGUUCUGUGAAAGAGAACAACUCUGUCUGCAAGGUGAUCCCUGUGAACAUAAUGGUGUGUGUCUGCCAAAUCCAACUCCAGGGGGCACUCCAACAUGUUUCUGCCUUCCAGGGUUUACGGGCUUAAGAUGUGAAACUAACAUCAAUGAGUGUUUGUCAGGACCAUGUCUUAAUGGAGGAACAUGUUUAGACAGAGUAGCAGGUUUCACCUGUGAGUGUGCCCCAGGGUAUGGAGGUGAGACGUGUUCAGAAACGAGGGACCCCUGUCUCACCCAAGCUUGCCAGAAUGGAGCCUACUGCUGCAGUAAGGGAAAAGUGUCCUGUGCCCCAAACCUGAAGGCAGGGUACUAUGAGUGCUACUGUGUCAAUGGUUUUACAGGUAAUCACUGUGAGGUUCGCCCCAGCCCAUGUUACACUCAUCCCUGUGAGAACGAUGGGAUAUGUCAGGAGACUGGCACAUCAUAUCGAUGUACCUGUCCCCUGGUGUUCGCAGGUGUGAAUUGUCAGUUGGCCAUACCAUGUGCCAGUCAGCCUUGCCUUCAUGGAGGAACGUGCUCAGCUGAGGGGUUUACUGGUAACUACACAUGUCUGUGUCCCCAAGGAUACGAUGGUACAUUUUGUGAGAAUCCAUCAGCAUGUGGGGAGAUCACCUGCAGGAAUGGUGGAACAUGCGUCAUAACAAAUGGUGUCCCCUCAUGUAACUGCCCUGUCAAUUUCAGCGGAAGGACGUGUGAAAUUAUCCUCCCAUGUUCUACAGCACCAUGCGGGCAGAAUGGACAGUGCAUCAACAUGAAUGGGACAUUGUAUUGGUGUGAUUGCUUUCCAGGCUUCACAGGAGUGAACUGUCAGACUCCCUUUGGGUGCUCCACUUUUCCCUGUGUCAAUGGUACGUGUAUAACUGAAGCAACAUCUUUCAAGUGUAAAUGUGAUCUUGGAUAUACAGGAAUACUGUGUGACACAAAACUUCCAUGUGCAGAUGGUCCCUGCUUGAAUGGUGGCACCUGUGAAAAUAAUGGGUCCCAAUUCAGAUGCAACUGCCCACCUUUAUACACUGGGAACAGGUGUGGCACACACCUACCUUGCUCAGGUAGGCCUUGUUUGAACAGUGGAACGUGCCUUCCUGACAGUAGCCAAGGUUAUCAGUGCGAGUGCCCUCAGAGCUACUCUGGUAGAAACUGUGAGACAUUUUUGGCCUGUUCCUCAUCACCAUGCUUUAAUAAUGGAGUUUGCGUCAAUACCGGUAGUGGUACUUAUCAUUGUGUGUGUCUCAACCCAUUCUCAGGUGUUCGAUGUGAGAUCAGAUUGAAUUGUCUCAACCAGUCCUGUCUGAAUGGUGGUCAGUGUGAACUUUCAGUGUCUGGGGAAUAUAAGUGCAUUUGUCCUACUUCAUACACAGGAGACAGAUGUGAAACAUUCCUGUCUUGCGCAAACAAUUUGUGCCUUAAUGGAGCUACUUGUAUUCCAGAUGUUGUGUCCUACACGUGCAGUUGCGCUACAGGGUACACAGGUUUUUUGUGUGGCAAUGCGUUUUCCUGCAUGGCAAACCCGUGCAGGAAUGGGGCCGUCUGCCAUGACAUCCCUGGGAAUUAUGUAUGCGAAUGUCACCAGCAGUUCACGGGACGGCUCUGUGAGACAGCCCUUCCUUGUCUAAACAAGCCAUGUGUUAACGGAGGCACGUGUGAGAAUAUCGAAUCAAGCUACAGGUGCAAAUGCCCAGGUAAUUAUACUGGUGUUAACUGUGAAACUGUUGAUCUAUGCAGAAGUUCACCUUGUCUGAAUGGUGGCCAGUGCAGCAGCUUCCAAAAUGAGUUCAGCUGUCGCUGUGUGGGUCUCUUCACAGGUGUGAGGUGUGACGAGUUUGAUGCUUGUCUAAGCAACCCAUGUUUUAAUGGAGCAACAUGCUUUAAAAAUGGAACAGGGUUUACCUGUCAGUGUCUACCCAGCUAUACAGGUCCUCAGUGUGGAACCCUUCUCUUUUGUCUUGCCAAUCCCUGUUUUAAUGGAGGAAGCUGUACGGAGACCAAUGCUGGCUUCUCUUGCUCAUGCCCAGACAACCACACAGGUCGCCAGUGUGAGACUCUUGCGCCUUGCGGAAAUAACCCUUGCCAAAAUAAUGCAUCAUGUGUCAUAAAUGAUGGAAACUACGCUUGUCAGUGUCGUGCGCACUAUGAAGGCAGGAACUGCGAAAAGGUGCUACCUUGUGCCAGCUCACCUUGCAUUAGAGGAACAUGCUACAAUGCAAACAGUAGCACCUUUGUAUGUGCUUGUGAGACAGGAUUUACUGGUCUCACUUGUGACACAUCUAUCCCAGGCUGUAACAGUGCCACCUGUGUCAAUGGCCAAUGCCAGGAUCAAGGGGGACAAAUUGCAUGUGUGUGCUCUGCUGGCUUCACAGGACCUACUUGUGAAGACCAGUUACAGUCAUGUGCUAGCAGUCCUUGCCUUAAUAAUGGAACCUGUGAGAACAGAGAUUUGUUGUUCUCCUGCCAGUGUCCUGUGCCAUUCACAGGGACUCGCUGUGAGAGUAGAUUGCAACCAUGUGACAGUGGGCCAUGCUUCAAUGGGGGCACCUGUCAGAACACAGCCUCUUCCUAUCAAUGCCUCUGUCCAUCGGCAUUUACAGGUGGUCGUUGCGAGACUCGUGUUCUGCCCUGUGAUGUGACAGCAUGUCAAAAUGGUGGUACAUGCAUGAACAUAGGAGACUCCUUCAGAUGCCAGUGUGUCCCUGGUUUUACAGGUCCUCUGUGCGAGACAGUGGUAGACGCAUGUGUUGACAGACCUUGCCAGAAUGCAGGUGUCUGUGAGCCUGUUGGUGCAGAUUUUACUGCAUUUGUCAACCGCCACAUACAGGUCGGCUAUGUGACACUGUGAUCACAAGCUGUGACCCAAAUCCAUGUAAGGCGGGGGGCACCUGCCAGAGAGACAGCUAUGGAGUUUUCUGUGAAUGUCCUGCUGGAUACUUUGGGCUCUACUGUCAAUUUGCACAAAGUGGAGUGUGCUUCCCAAACCCCUGUGGAGGAGCUGACUGUUGGGUGCAGGGUGGGCAGGCUCUGUGUGAUUGUCGUACAGGAGCCAAGGCUCCUCCAUGUGAUGAGGCCAUCGUAAGCUGUAACCCUAAUCCGUGUAACCUGGGAUCAUGUUUGCGUAGUCUUGACACCGGAGCUAUUGAAUGUUCCUGUCCCCCUGGAUAUGUGGGUAACCUGUGUCAGAUAUUCGACCCAUGUGAGGAACAUUUUUUCUUUCCUUGAAUUCUUUCAUUCUUUACACUUUAUUACAUGUUAGUUACAUACUACCAGAUAUAUUUUGUUUUAUCAGAGUUAUUUUUUUUUUCAAUAUCUUAAUUACCAUUGCACUUUUUUUUACAGCAUGUAUAUCACAUUUUUAUCUCUCUUUUGCUUUAUUACUUAUUAUUACGAGUUUAUAAUAUGGAUAGGUAUGAUAUCAACCAACUGGAUGUUGUGGCUUUACAAUUGUUGAUAUUCUUUAGUUAGGGGGCAAAUCAGUAACUAGUAUUUUAGUAGUACAGUGCUCCAUCUAAACAAAUAUGAAUUAUUGUUUGUGCAUUGUAACCAGA